UCGUGUUGGUCACACUAAAACGUACAAAUUCGUAACAUUCAGCGUCACAAAAUAUUAUUUCGGAAAUUGUAAACAUUACCAUGCCACCGGAGGCGACCAAUGAGUGUCGAAUAUGCGGCGAACAAAUAUUUACGGCCAACCCAAAAAACAUUUUCGAACGCCGCAAUCAACGGAUUCUAUUAGCGAUAAAACAAGUUACUGGGUUAGCGUUAAAGUUUGAGGCCCAACUACCGAUGCACAUCUGCACAUGCUGCCUUUUGGAUUUAAGCCAUGCCAUUGCAUUUCGAGCGCGUUGCUUGGAAACUGAUGCAAGUUUGCAUAAAAACCGGACCAAAAAGGUGACCAAUAAGGACAGUGACCCUCUUAUAAAGACAGAUCCCGACAUUUUGAAGCAGAAUGGUACACGGUCAUCUAAUGAAAUUCAGGAUGACCACGAUUCAAAGUAUAACAGGCAAUCUCCUCGCGUUAUGCUCAAGCGGCUUCACAUGUCUUCAAAGAGUGAGCCAAGCUCCCACCCUGAUCCCACGAGGAUGUCUGCAGAGCCGGAGGAAAUCCCAGAAAGACCGAAGAGGCGCCGAAGAAAAGUCAAUCCGAAUGACAAGCGAUACGUUUGUGACCAAUGUGGUUGGUCCUUUGCCGAUCUGAGCAACAUGAAGGACCACAAGCUUCGUCACUUCGACGAGAAAUACGUGUGCGACGAUUGCGGUCGUAAGUUCUACACCCAGCCUAUGCUAAGGAUGCAUAUUCGGGUAAUUCACAAGGGUGAAAAGCCGUACGUCUGUAAAUAUUGUGGAGAGGGUUUCGGAAAUAGUCCUGCUCGCUGUCGACAUGAAAGAAUUUACCAUGCCGAAGAGUUAAUGUUUCCGUGUGACUUUUGUGAGAAAAAAUUCAAUAGCGACAAGGGAAGGAUGAAACAUCAGAUCAAAUGUAACAUGGAUGCAAAUUUUUAUUGCGAGCCCUGUGAUAAGGUGUUUAAAAAUGGUGACUGCUUGCGGCGGCACUUUUUUAGCAAAUAUCAUCGCAAGCGCGAAAACCCUGAAGUUACGGAUGAGGUUAACGAGUUUAAUAAAGACCCCAAACAAAAAAGAUAUAAAUCCUCUGACGGUGGUCUUAAAGAAGAAGAAGAAGACUCGGAAGAGAAUGAACAGGAUUAUGAAGACUUGGAGGAUAGUCAAGAGGAGUACUUGGAGGGUGAAGAACCGCAUAUGGAGGAGGAGAUGCUGGAUGAGGACGGAGCCGGUGUCUUCGACUGUGAUGAGACAAUUCUGGAAGAGAUACUUACGAGAUACUUAAGGAAAAUGUCCUUACUAUGUCGUAUCUGCAACCAGAAGACUGAGAAGGCUAAAAACCUUUUCGACAAGGACACCUCUGAAAGAGAAACCCUUACCAGCAUAUUAAAGAUAACCGGGAUUUUGUUAAAGAGCUGUGUAGGGGUUCCUGACCGUAUAUGUUUGUCCUGCUUAUUGGAUCUUGAUGGUGCAAUCGCCUUCCGGGAACGCUGCUUAUUAACGAACAUGUAUUGGUCCAAGAAAUUCCAGGAUGCGGGUGAUUUAGGUACUCAAGAAAUGGGAGAACUCAAUUCAAAUAAAAAUCAUCAGAGAGUGAAAAUUUCACCAAAUCGUGUGGAUCAUUCUGGGUCAACGGAUGAUCGCCUUUUAUCCAUAACAUCUAAUGCCAAUGAUUCAGAUCCCUUGGACAAACCGAUUGUGUGUAAAAAAAGAGGUAGACCAAGUAAAGCUAAAGAAAUAUUGGAAAACAGAUGGAAGAAAAAACCUGUAAAUCGUGGGCCGGAAAGAGGACCCUACAUUUGCGACCAGUGCGGGAAGACCUUCAGUGAGAAGGGAAACUUUAAUGUCCAUCUCACUCGGCAUAUGGGCGUCAAACAGUUCAAAUGCCAGGAGUGUGAUCAUGGGGAGUUUACAAUGCAUUUGCUAAAACUCCACGUUCGGAUCAAGCACCGGGGUGAACUGCCCUACGUUUGCAAGUAUUGUGGCCAGCGUUUCAAGAAUUGUAACCUAAGACUGAAGCAUGAGCGAAGACACAAGGAAAGCCCUGUCCAUAGACCGCAUCUUUGCCAAAUUUGCGGUAAGGAUUUUUUAGACAAGCAGUCGCUUCGAGUACACAGCGUUGUUCAUACGGGAGAGCAGCCAUAUCAUUGCGAGUUGUGUCAAGUAAAAUUUAAUCGAAGAAGCAGCUUGGGUACUCAUUACCGGUCCAAAACUCACAAAAAGAAGCAGGAGGAGCAGAACCCUCCCAGCCAAGACCAAAAGUAA